AAAUAAUUGUUGGAUACAAGUUUUGUGGCUAACUGAGCAAGUUUUCAUUAAUUGUGCCGUGCUGAGUGCUAACUAACGCGUUCAAUAUGUAUUUUUUGGCAUUGCUUGCGUUCAUUGGAAAUGCCAAAGAUGGAAAUGCGGUGAGCUCGAGCCUGAUCCCCGGCGGCUCCUGCCGCGAUUACAAUGGCAAGAUGUACGAGACUGGCAUGCACUAUAUGCCAGGACCCGACUCAUGCCGCCUCUGCAUCUGCGACAGCGGACUGCCCAAGGCCUGCAAGAUGGUGCUCUGCGAGGCGUUCAGCAAGUGCAAGUCCUUCCAGACGGUGGGCAGCGGCAACAACUGCUGCGAGGUGAUCUGCCUGGACGACCAGUUCAGCGAUGGGAGCACCGACUUCGGCAUUUGACUGGUGGCCAGUGGCAUCACGGCCACGCUGUCCUUGUCGCUUCUCUUCUUUCUGGUGAAUCGCCUGAGGCAGCGGAAGAUGCGGGCGCGGGAGAAUCGCCAGAAUGCAGAGGAUCAGCGCAGCAUUGUGGGCAGCAUUGGCUACAUAGCCGGAAACAUGGGCUACAUGGAGGGAAAUCUGAGUGCCAUUGAUUAUUCCUACAGCGGCGCUGCUACCCACUAUCCUUUGUGGAAGCCGCAUUUUCCGCGUGGGGAGGCUCCACCGCCGUACGAAGAGGCAGUGGCCAUUUCCCAGGCGGAGGCGCUCAGUGCUCAGUGCACCGUCAGCCUGCCGGCUAGCUCCCAGCGAACGGUAGCCACGGUCAGCCAGCAGCAACAGCAGGCAGUGGCCCAGGCUCAAGCUCAGGUCCAAGCCCAGCAGCAGCAACAGAUCCAGGCCCAGGUGCAGGCCAAUCAGCAUCUGCAACAGCACACUCUCCAACUGCACACUCAACCGCAGCAGCACCAUCAGCCGUACAGCCAGCAGCUAGUGGCUCAUCCGCAUCCGCAGCACCCGCACUCCGCAGCCAAUGUGCUGCCCCAGUCAAACCAGUACACACAGAGCACCACCAACUUAAUUAACAUCAACAUCAACAGUGGCGGGGUUACCACCAUAGCCACCGGGGAGAAUCACCAGCCGCCUUACAGUCUGCAAAGUGACCACCAACUCAGUCUGGAACAGCAGCAGCAGCAACAGCAACAGCAACAGCACCUUAUGCAGCCUCCGGUCAGCAGUGGUUCCAUUUGCCUCCAGGCGAUGCCCAAGCCACCAGUCUCCGCCGAGUGCAGCUACAAGAAUUGCCACCUAAACAUUAGCGCUAGUGUUACUACUGCGGCGGCCAGCUCCAGUUCGGCAGCCUAUACGACUGGCCGAAGGACAACUCCCCGGGGAUCCCAAGAGUUGCUUCAUCAGUUGCCACAGCAGCAGCAGCAACAGCAACAACAACAGCAGCAACAGUAUCUAACCGUAGCCGAUGUGGAGAUCAAUGCUAGUGCCAGUGCCGCAAGCUAUCAUUCACUGCCAGCCGGUAGUGGGGAACUUCUGGCCACACCCACACACGCCCAAGUGUUGCAGCAUCAACAACAGCAGCACCAGCAGCAGCAGCAACAUCUGCUGGCGGCCAUAUCCUCGCCGGGCAUGGAGAUACUGCAGCCUUUAGAGAUAGCCACAAUAUCGUCGGCACCUGCCUGCAGCUCCGCGGAUUCAGUGACCCAGACCACACAGAUGCCUCUGCACGGAACGCUGAAGAACAGCCAGCCACAGCAGAUGAGCAAGACACCCUCCAGUUCGAGGCGCUAUCACCGCACUAUUCCGCGCUAUUUCGCAGUGGCCGACCCUCUCCAGUUGAAGCCCAAGACCAGCAGCAGUGCCACAUCCACUGUUGAUAAGCAGCAGGCCAGUAAGAAGCCCAUGUGCCAGUGUCCCAUCCAGCACGUGCCCAUGUCGUAUAUGGGCAGCACGGCCAACGCAAAUGCUUUCUUAAGCGGAGCCGGCAAGCUUUUCGCUGGAAACUCGAGCAGCAGCAGCACCUCAACACCGACGUGUUCCCUGUCUCCGGGAGCGGCGGCCACCGGUGGAGUGCGUCAUGCGGCCACCUUGUCCUACGGACAACGAGCCAAGUCCUCGUCUAACCUGCAGGCGCAGGAUCUAAUAACGGCGGCUGCUUCGGGUGGUGGAACCUUGCGACGAAGUGGGUGUGGACACGAGCCGAAGAUAGCCACCAUAUCCAAACAGGUGGGCGAUGAGACGCAUCAUGGCCAUACGGCAUCCAGUGGUGGAGUCAAUGUGUCGGCCAUCAUACCACCGCCCCCGCUGCAGCAUCCCGAAGAGGUGUCUGCGCCGCCAAUUGUCCUGGGUCGGGUGCAGAAGAGAUCCUCCAGCAAUUCUGCCGAACGGGGAAGAAGCUCCAGCGGAGGAGGCAGUGGCGGACGCAGUGUGUCCAGUGGCAGCGGUGGCGAUUCCCUAUCCAGCGUCUAUUUGAAUCGAAAGGUUGAUGCCUACUUGAGUUUGACGCACAAACAGCAGCAACAUUUCUUUAACCAGCAACAUCAGCAGCAGCAGCCAAAUCCGAGCAAUCCGACUUUACCACCGAAACUCUACAAAAGCCUAACGAAUUUAAAGAGCGCCACCGUGGUCAGCACAUCCUCGUCCUCCUGCUCGUCCGGCAGCGGGAACAACAACGCCGUGGCCACCAUUUACACGCUGAGCAAACCGGCGACCAGUGGUCAGCGCAAGGAGCAGACUCCCUCGCUGACCCUGCCGCCGGCAAGUCCAGCCGCAGGCCAGUCCGGCGAGAAGCUGACCAGCGGCAAGAUCAACUCGAGCACCUUCUAUCCGUUGGCAAACCACGUGACCUACACCCUGCCCAAGCACAUCAGCGGCAAAGUUUCGUUGAACAGCACCAUCAACAGCGUGGUCAGCAAGGUGCCCUCUGUGAUCAGCAUUCCGCCGGUGGAGAACAACAAUCCGGGCGGCCAGACAGGAGUGCCGGCCAAAAGCACCACACUGCCAAAGAUCCUGCGCGUGAAACGCGACCCAUCGUCGGGAUCGGGAGGAGGAGGGACGACCACGAGUCUGGCGAUUGCCCACUGCCAAAUGCCCAGUUACCCGCUGACGACGAAGGCCACCACCGGAGGAUCCAGCGGACGGUCGCCCAGCAAGCAGCUACCCGUGUGCACCACAUCGAAGAACUGCCUGAAUCCCAAGGAGCACUUCCUGCCCAACGACACCAGUCUGGACGAUGACUACCUGAGCGAGUGCGAGAACUGUAAGAUAGCGCAGAGCGCCAAGUACUACUUGGAUUCGGAAAUGAGCGGCGUCGGAUCCGCAAACUCGCCCCAAGAAACGAUGACGCUGCAGCGGAAAUCGCUGGAAGAGACCAAGGAGGAGCCCAUGGAGAGCUACUAUCGCAGCUCGCACACUCUGCCCAGCAAUGCCAAAAAGCAUGGCAAGAAUAACAACCGGGAAAAGUGGCAGGUCUCGACGAUUGCAGCUGCCAGCUCGUCGGAUGAGGACAUCAACGAAUGAGAUUUAAGCCAUUUUCUUUAAGAUGCCCGAUCGCCGGUCAGAAAUGCAUCCUAAAGAAAACGCAGGCUCCAAAACCACACCACAACCAACCACACCCCGCCCCCCUGGAUGGCUAAUCAACUUAGGUAACCAACCAAUUGCUGCUGCAAGGAGAGAUAGAUCCUGUACAUAUAUAAGAAUAUUAAGCGUACUUAGAACAACAUAAAUCGUGUCAUUAAAUAUUUGUAGACGGUAACCAACUGAUUGUUAGAUUUAACCAUGACUAAUGGUACUCAACCCAGAAGCGGCAUAUAAAUCUGCGUGUUUGUUAUGCACCUGUAUAUCUUUGUACGUAUGUAAUUGAAUCUGUACCAUACGAUAUGAUAUGAAACGAUAGGAUAAGCGAAGUUAGAGCGGGCAUUAAAUCAAUUAUAACCAAUGCAUUAUGAAGAUAUUAGCGGAAAUGUUGAAUACUUAGCAUAUAUGAAAUUGAUCAUUAAGAUGUCAAACCUAACUGCCAUCUGCCCUUUUGCCAACGUUAACUGUCAAUAAUUGUGUAUGUAUGUAAUAUUUAAAUAAUGAAUGUAAGAAACUUAAGUUUUUAUAUACAACUAAAGGAAGCUGACCAAAAUUCAAUGUAUUUCCCUGCUGCUCAUACCCAAAAGAUGCACAAGCAUUGCACAUACGAACUCUAGGAUAAACCAAUUGACAUAGGCAUACAUACUCCGUAAAUAGAGGAAACCAUAGGAUACGAAUUUAAAUUGAAAACUCAUUGCCAUUUCAUUCCCUCUUUAUAUAAGACGUCGGCAAAAGUACCGACCGACAAAUGCUUUUCUAAUUUCUAAAUUUCCAUCUUUUCCCAGUCGAAUCAAUGAAUGGAAUGUACCAUAUAAAAUGAAACUGCAUACAUCAGUAUGCAUCUAGGCGUAAGAAAUCGUUUUCAGUCCUUUUUGUGUGGGGUUUAAUAGACAUUAGACGGUUUCCUGAUCGAUAACGAAGGACUUGCUAGAGAAUAACUUUCGUUUAAUUCUUCAAUUGGGCGGGUCCUAGACAGUCUAAUGCCAACGAUAUAAGCACGAUAUAAUUAAAUGUAUGUACAUGGAAUACAGGUAGAAGAGCAGCGCUCCACGAGAAGUGGGCGAAUGAAUUGUUUAAUUCGAUCAAUUUGAUAGUUACUAGUCGUAACCACACUAAGCCAGGCGGGUUACUCAAGCAAUUAGUCGAAGCCAGAGAUACCCCGAAUACAAAAACAUAGAUACUACUCAGUAAGCUAUCCUGGUUUGUCCCUUGCCCUUAGUUCUUCUCUAAGUUAGCUGGCCCCAUUCCACUCACUUCGGAUGGACGGAGAUGAUGAGGAAAGCUUGCUCGAAAACGGUUCCUGUUCCGCUUUUGGUUGUAAUAGAUCUCUGACCUGAAAACUGUAUUGUGUUCAACGGAUGCUCAAA